AUUGAACUUCGGUCUUUCGUUGUUAACGUCUAUUCCCUGAAGACCAGUUCUUGAUCAUUUAAACAAUUGCACAAACCUUAUUCCUGAUGUCAGAGCUUAAAAAUUAUGACACAGCAAAAGAGAUCCCUCCAGAGCUGAAGAAAAACCACCUGGUGGGAUUGAUUCCAGAGCAAAAUAUCACCAUCAUUGACCAAUUCACUCUGGAAACGGGAGUCACAAUCCACAACGUACCGAUAGCAUGGAAAACGUUUGGAAAAUUGAACGAAACGGCAGACAACGUUAUGGUAAUUUGCCAUGCCCUGACUGGAAGCGCGGAUGUCGAAGACUGGUGGGGACCAUUGAUCGGGCCGAACCUUGCGUUUGAUACCACAAAGUUCUUCAUUUUCUGCGCCAACGUCCUCGGCUCACCAUACGGAUCUGCAUCGCCAUUGACGAUUAACUCGGAAACUGGCGAACAGUAUGGUCCCGAGUUUCCAUUGGUCAGCGUACGGGAUGAUGUUCGACUUCAUCGAGUCAUUUUGGAUUCUCUCGGAAUCAAGAGCGUUGCAAUCUGUAUAGGUGGUUCCAUGGGCGGAAUGCAGGUUUUGGAAUGGGCUCAGCAAGGAGACUAUGUUAAAAACAUUGUGCCUAUCGCUACUUCUGGUCGUCAUUCAGCUUGGGGGAUCAGUUGGGGUGAAGCUCAAAGACAGUCCAUAUAUAGUGACCCAUUUUAUGCUGAUGGGUAUUAUACAGAGCAAGCAAAACCAAAUGUUGGAUUGGCAGCCGCGCGCAUGUCCGCUUUGCUUACUUAUCGAUCCAGAAACUCUUUUGAAUCGAGAUUUGGUCGAAACGCUGCCGGUGGUCGGUACAAAGACAACAUUGCUCGACCGGCAUCCCCACGCGAAGCUAAUGUCAUGAUGCACAAUGAUGGUCACAAAAGCUCAUCAGGCACCCGUUCUUCCCAUGCUGGAUCCAAAAAAUCGACCACUGAGACGUCUACUAACGAGACAUCCUCCAAUGGAACCACACAUACCACGAUUAAUGACCCUCCAAUCCCAACUCCAUUCGUUUUCUCAGCUCAGUCCUAUCUUAGAUAUCAAGGAGACAAGUUCAUCAAUCGAUUCGAUGCCAACUGUUACAUUGCAUUGACCAGAAAAAUGGACACCCACGAUCUAGGACGCGGUCGUGGAAUUUAUGAAGAAGUCCUGGCAGACAUAAAGCAAAAUGCAUUAGUCAUUGGUAUUGAGUCUGACGGUCUAUUUACUAUAUCCGAACAAUACGAGCUAGCAGAAUUCAUUCCCAAUUCUGAAAUGGUGGUGAUUCAAUCACCAGACGGCCAUGAUGGAUUCUUACUCGAAUUUGAUCAAAUCAACAAAAACAUAUUACGAUUCAUUCAGAGAGUUCUUCCUGACAUUUACGAAAACUCGUUGGUUUCUGAAAAAGAAGUAGAAGAACAAGAAACCUUGAAGGCAACCAAAACCAGUUUGUUUGGAGAAGCCGAAGUAGAUAUUACUCAAUGGUAGAUACAGUAUAGAAUAAUAAAAAGUCUCAAGCAGCAUUGUAAUACGACUAUUACACCUUAUGAAAUUUAUAUUAUAUUAAAGUUGCAAAUGGAAGAACAUCCAAUCACUCAUCGUAUCGAAUGCAACACCUCAUUGACCAUGCU